UUGCAUGAGCUGACGCAAAUGACCCUGCUCUCUUUCAAGAACUCUUUCAAAACGAACAUGGCGGCAACUUAACGUUUGGUCAAAAUGACUGUGGAUCAUUUCGCGAGAAAAGAUCCCACCUUGUCGGACCAAGGAGGCGAGAUUCGGCGUGUUGAAACGAGGAGUCCUUGCGCUUUUCACCAGAAAGCCCGGAAUCAGAGCGAGCGGCCAGACUGUGGCUUUUCCGCGUUGUAGCGGCUCUGCGCAAAAGGGGAGAGCGGAACCCAUGACAGACGAGCAGGGAGAGACAUGUUGCUACAGAUAGCUGGGUUUUUCUCCGGAGAAGCACGGGAAGAGGGGAUUCGACAAUGAAAGCAGUAAUCCCCCUGAACACAGCAACUGAUCGGGAAUUGCAGUUAAUCGCGGAGGUGAGCCACGACCGCUCGUCAGCCAUCGUUUAGUGGGCAAAACUCAAGGCAGACCUCCCGUCAAUGACUAUUGUGGCAGAAAAGCCCCCACGGUGGAGUCAGCCAGAGCUGCGCUUUCCCAAAAUAUGACCAGCGGUGCUUGGAAGUGUCGGCAGCGAGAUGACGGCUUAAAAAUUUGGUGUGCUCCCCGCGAGAACGAGAAGCCAUUCACCGACUCCGAGAGGGCCCAGCGAUGGCGAUUGUCCUUAGCGUCCCUCUUAUUUCUAACCGUUCUGCUUUCUGAUCAUCUGUGGUUCUGCGCCGAGGCCAAACUGACAAGGACCCGAGACAAGUUAGCAUCAGUGGACAUGAGCGCAAACCACAGACCCGACCUCCCUUCAACACACAGCAGCCUCAGAAGAAAUGAAGAUGCUAUUUUUGUAGUCAAUUCUACCAAACCUCCGUGGCAACUAGAAACUUGCCACCCGGAUGGUUUGUCUGAAAACUGCUUCACUUUUGUCGACGCUGACCACUUGUGCAGGGGCCUUUCGGAAACGAAGGGGACGCGGUGGAUGAACAUAAGCGAUUUGUACCUUUCCUUUUGUAAUUCGUACUCUCUUAUGGAUUUGCUUUACGGAUCAUUAAGUCCGGACAAUUUGAACUGCAGCCUUGACGUGAUUGUGGACGGCGACCUAAACAGGUGCAGUCUGUGCGUUCAGGCGUACCAGCGUUAUGACCUGCACGCGCAGGAGAAAUAUGAGGAAUUUGAGAUGAUGGCAGACAAAUACGAGACGGAUGUGUACUCAGUAAGGACGUGCAUGGAAGAAUGCAAGACUGUCUACAAACCCUGGCUCUGCGCUCAGUAUUUCCAGAGUCCUCAGUCAGGCUGCAGUCAUAAGAUUCCCUGUGAGCAGUACUGCCUUGAGGUCCAGCAGAGGUGUCCGUUCAUACUGCCUGACAAUGAUGACCUUAUACAUGGUGGUACUCCCAGUUUUAUAUGUGCAGGGUUCAAACCAGACAUCAACCAGGAGCCAGAGUGCUGUGAUGUGCGGUGGGACCAGAAGUCCAACAUCCGCUCCCGCGGCACUUUAAAAAGAACUCACCCUUCCUGCCAGCACACAUCCGUGACCUCCUCGGGGGCUCCACGGCUCGGACAGGGCCGGCUGAAACUUUGCUUGCUGGUCCUAGUUCUUCUCCACACUGUGGCUACCAUGACGGCCAAUCAGAACUCGACCUGCCUGACCGCCAUCUUUCCACUGGAUGACAACGCCCCCAGAGAAGAGUGAUUGGAGGAAGCUGGGCUGGACAACUCUAGCGUAUCCGCAUGCUCCAACACAUCUCGCUUCGGGCUUGUCAGUAAGAAGCCCCUCACUCAGAGAGAAGUCGAGUGUACCGGCUCUAUAUGAGUCUAACAGUCUCAACCAGAGAACACUUAACCACACUUGUCAUCAGCACCUUGUGGGGUUUGGGGAAAACAGCGAACAGGACACAGGACAAAAGAUAAGCAUAAUAUGAAGAGUCAGAACAUGCCCCCACAGAGACUUCUCACUCUCUUCUGGAACACACAUUGUGUCACACACACACACACACACACAAAAUGUCAUUUCACUUUGCACUAGGAGAUUAUCUAACUUUUCCCUUUUAGUUCCAGCUGUUAUUUUCACUUCAAGAUGGUUUUGACUUCUGUUCAGUGGUUUCAGAGCAACCAGGAAAGUGACUCGGGUGUCCAUGGUCCUGUCAAAUUCUCUCCUUAUAUGUUGCGUGCCAGUAUUUUGUGUAUCUUGAGAGUGAGUGUCACAUCACAGUCAUCAGCACCAUACGGACAGGCUACAGGUAGAAGAUUCACAUGUCUCUCUUUCAAAUGCAUACAUUUGAUUUUCAUCCUGAAUGGAAUAAAAUAAUAAAAAGGACUGUUUUUAAAUUAGAUGUACUCAAAGCCUCAAAAUUAAAGCAGCAAUUGGCAUCCUUUCUAAUUAGUAAAUAUUUUUCUUCUACACCUUCUAAGAAACAAAUAUAACCACCUCACAUUAUUUUAGAAACUGAUAAUUAUUCCCCUAACUGUGACAAAUCUUGGUGCUUCGUGGAGUUUGCUGCAGUUUGUCUCAACUACUGAUAGUUGUGUUUAUUCUAAGCUCUUCAUCUCUAUUUCAUGUACAUGACUUACUACUGAUGUACACUCUCAGGAAAAAAAAGUACAUAAUAUGUACCUUUAAGGUACUAAUAUGGUUGGUAAUACGGUCUCAGUGACAGUACCUUUUGUACCUUUUUUUCUGAGAGUGUAGAGAUUUUUUUGGUACUCAUUUUAAUACUAAUAUAGUCUACAGCAGGUCAGAAUAUUCCCAUUAACAGGGCUUUGGCACACAACUGUAAAGGAGGAGGAUGAUAAGUUCAUACAUGACACUAUUUUAUUAUGCACUUUAUUCAUUUAAUAAUGUGCUAAACCCUUCAGCCUUUCUGCAUUAAUUGCAUCUUAGAUGUUCUGUGAAAGCAUCAUUUUUCAGUAUGUGGUCCUUACAUAAUUCUUAGCAGCACCGGUGUUUAUAUCUUUAUCAUUGCAUGGCAUCAUUUGAAUGCGUUCAUUUAACAUGCUUGUGUGUGAAGCUGAUUUAACUAAGGUUAACUACUAUAGUUCAUGUGCGAAUGGAAUUGAAAUA